AUGUGGAAGGUUUACAGCGGUGAGAGCGAAUCUCACGCUGACGGCCACCUUGUCGACGUGGGCGGCCCGCUGUUCCUGACGCCGCUCAUCGACGCGGGCUUACUGGACAAGGCGCGACAGCAGAGCCGCGUCGGCCGGCUACUGGACGAUCCCAAGGACGCCGAGCUGUUUCCCAGUUACGCGGGUUUCCUCACCGUCGACAAAGAGAUGUCGAGCAACAUCUUCUUCUGGUUCUUUCCAGCCAAGGAGAAGCCGGACACUGCCCCCGUGAUUAUGUGGCUUCAGGGAGGGCCGGGCGGAUCAUCUCUGUUCGGCCUAUUCCUGGAACACGGGCCGUACCGCGUCGUCGAGAAUGGUACCGCUCGGCUGCGAAACACCACGUGGGCGCAACGCUACUCGAUGCUGUACGUGGACAGUCCCGUUGGCGCCGGUUUCAGUUUCACUUGGAACGAGCGUGGCUACUCCCGGGACCAGCGGAGCUUGGCACGAGAUUUGCACGAGGCCCUCCAGCAAUUCUUCACGCUUUUUCCACGCUUUGCAAAGAACGAUUUUUACGUCGCGGGGGAGUCGUACGCAGGCAAAUACGCAACCACCGUCGCGCACCUCAUCGCCACCAACCUUUUCUCGCGAGUUGACAUCAAACUGCGCGGGAUCGCCGUUGGCAAUGCCUGGCUGGACCCAGAGACGAUGUUAGACUACGCUCAGUUCCUUUACCACAUCGGCCUCGUGGACCGAAGGCAGGCGGACCACAUCCAACGGAAGACUGAAAGGGCGGUCGAACUCGCCAGACACGGUCGAUUCGCAGACGCAUUCGAGGUGAUGGACCAUUUGCUGGAGGGUUUGGAGGCGUCCACUUCAUACUUCAAGAACGUCAGUGGCAUCUCUACGCCCUACAACUUCGUGCAGGCCGAGGACAGGAUGCGCCGAGACUUAGAACUGUACAGUAGUAGAGUCGGCAUGGCGUCAUUCGUGAGAACGCACGAGUUCCGGAGGGCCGUGCACGUCGGAAACGUGGCGUUCAACAGCGGCCGCGAAGCGGCGUCGAAUCUCCUGGUCGACGUGAUGCGGUCCGUGAAGCCCUCGUUCCUAUCGCUUCUCGAGAGGGACUUCAAGGUGCUCGUCUACAGCGGCCAGCUGGACGCGGUCGUGCCCCACUCGCUCGCCGUCGACUUCCUCAGCGGCCUGCAGUGGUCGGGAACCGAGUACUUCGACGCGGCCCGGCGGAAGGUGUGGAGGCUCCCGACGUCGGGCUCAGGCGUCGCUGGCUACGUCAAGAGAGCCGGCAACCUGCUCCAAGUGAUGGUCAGGGACGCGGGACAUUUCGUGCCGUACGACCAACCGGAAGCGGCGUUGGACAUGAUGUCGAGGUUCAUAGACGGCACAUCGUUCGAAGAGCGCGCUGCCGCGUCUGGGAAGGGACGCACGCGAUUGCACGAUCGUUGA